GUGUAGGUCAAUGUGUUUGUGAGUCUAUGUAUGUGUGUGUGUGAGUCCGUGUGUGUCUGUACGUCGAUAUGUGCGUGUGUAAGUUCAUGUGUGUGCGUAAGUCGAUGUGUUUGAGUGUGUACGUCGAUGUGUGUAAGUCCAUGUGUGUGUAAGUCUGUGUGUGUGUCAGUCUACGUGUGUGUGUCAGUAUAUGUGUGUGAGUCGCUGUAUGUGUGUACGUCGAUAUGUCUGCAUGUAAGUGUGUGUGUGUGGCUCUAUGUGCGUGUGUGAGUCGAUGUGUGUGUAAAUUGAUGUGUGUAUGUUCGUCGAUGUGUGUGUAUGUAGGUCGAUGUGUGUGUGGGUCAAUGUGUGUGCGUGUAAGUCGAUAUGUGUGUGUGUGUGUGUUUUUUUUACGCCCGGGCAACGCCGGGUACUUCCCGCUCGUAUGCUAUCUAAGUCUAUAUAAAUGUAUAAACGCUUGCCAACGUGGAACUUCCGCGGAUUUCUUUUUGUUCGUCAUUGGUGAUAAAGUCGGGGGCUGAGUGAGUGGGAGGGAGAUAGAAGAUGGCUUAGAUGAGGAGUCGGAAAUCUGCGGUUCCAGAACCGCAUGAGGCUCUUUAAGGAUUGCUUCGUGACCGAUAAUUCACACGCAUUGCGGCUCUUGAAAUAUCGAUCGUUAUUUUUUUGUUUACAGAAUUCGAUAAAAAAAAAGUCUCUUUUUUAUUUUGGUUGCCGAUCCCUGGCCAACUCGGAACUUCCGCGGAUGUUUAAGAGCUGCCGUGGAUUUCUUUUUGUUCGUCAUGGUGAUAAAGUGGGAGGUUGCUGAGUGGGAGGGAGUGGAGUAUAUAUAAAUAUAUAACGCCGUGUGCUGGUGAGGAGAGAGAGAGCGAGAGCGAGGGAGCCGAGGAGAAGGGAGAGAGAUCGGAUCGCUGUUCACUCCGCCGUGGUGCUGAUCGGCUCAGCUUCAUAUAAAUCACGCGCGCGCACACACAGACAGACCCGCGUUAUUGUGUAAACGUUCGUUCGCUGUCCUCACUCGAGCCGCUGUGGUCGUACGUCAGAGGUAAGGAGGAGUUAGGGAAGCUCACGGACGGAAGGUAUUCUGAAGGAACACAACGGAAACGGAUACAUGUGAUAGGCAGGCGAGCGGUGAUGAUUAAUAAUAAUAAUCCUCAUAAUAAAACAUUUAUAGUCUAGAAUAACAUGCAGCUGUCUUGCAGGCGAGAGCUGGGAUUAUAAGGGAAAUCCACGACAGAUAUAGCAUGCAGAUUAAGAAUACGUUUGCGACGGUACAGUGCUUGUGAAUACAUUACGAAUCGUCAGCGCAUUAGACGUACGAAUGAAUAAACGGUAGAGAAAUAUUUUAUGGGAAUUAAUUAUAUAUUUUAUUUUAAUAAUACAUUAUUUAAAAAAAAAAAAACCUCGUACUGUUUAGAGCACAAUGAAGUUUAUAAGCGGAGGCGAUAGCUGGGAUUAUAGCUGAACGAGAGAGGCAGUAAGCACGCAGAUUUACAACGCGUUGGUGUAGCCUACGACGCAGCAGCAGACUCUUUUCGCUGUGCGCAUAUUGGCAAUCAUCGAACGAGCGAAAUGAAUGAAUGAAUGAGCGCGAGAGGAACGACACGGGUGACGAGACGAGAAGACGUUGCGGCAACCGAAGCAGGAAGAAUAUUAAUCAUAUAUCGUGUGAAGAGCGUACCGGAUUGCGAAUGUCACCAGCAUUGAAUGGACGUGCGCAUGAAUGAUUGAGUUGCAUGAGCGCCUAGAGGAACGAACGGGGCAAGACGAGACAUCGGCAACCCGGGACUGGGAGAAUAUUCCAAAGCGUCCUUCGACGACGAAGAGUGUGAGCGAGAGAGGAGAGGCAUGGAGGAAGAACUCAAGUGCCCCGUGUGCCAGGCGCUGUUCAGCGACCCGGUGAUCCUUCCCUGCUCGCACAGCCUGUGCCAAGACUGCGCCUCCACGUGUGCCGCCACGCCGAGCCCAGACUGCGAGACACCUCCUCCUCUACUACCGCCACAGCAUAAUCCUCCUCCUCUUCCUCAACAUCAGCAUCAUCAUCAACAGCAGCAGCAUCAUCAGCAUCAUCAACAGCAUCAGCAGCAGCUGCAACAGCAUCAGCAGCAGCUGCAACAACAGCAGCAGCAGCAGCAGCGAAGGGCGUCUUGCCCCGACUACGAGGCAGCUGGUCUCGACGCGGAUCAGCUGAGCCUCUACAGCGAAGCGGACAGCGGCUACUACGGCUCCUUCCUCGGCAACCCGACGGGAGGCUCCCCGGGUCCCCUGCGCUCCACCCCUCUGAGCCGCCGCCACACGCUCCUGCUGCUGCCCGCGCUCGCGUGCCCGCGGUGCAGCAGGGUCGCGCAUCUGGACGAGAGAGGAGUGCAAGGACUACCCCGCAACAGGGUGCUAGCGGCGGUCGUGCGCAGAUUCCGAUUGCGGGAGCGGCAAGAGAAGGAGGAGAAUGAUGAUGAUGAUGUUGUUGUUGAGGAUGUCGACGAGGAAGUAGCCAACGUAAUCGCUGGUGGUGGUGCCGCUGCCGGGGAUGAUUCUUCUGCAGUCUGCGAGCUUUGCGAUGGCGAUAGCCCCCAGGCUGCGAGCGUGCUCUGUGAACAGUGCCAGGUGGCGUACUGCGACGCCUGCCGCAAGAGAUGCCACCCGGCACGCGGGCCCCUCGCUCGCCAUCGACUGCUGCCCGCCGCGGGCAGAAGCCGGGACGCGGCUGCCGAAAAGUCGGCGGCGUGGAAGCAGAGGGCCCACGAUGGUGACGGCGAUGAGACGCAGGAGGAGGGAGCAGCCGCUCAGGAGGUUCCGCCGUGCUCCGGCCUCGUGGCGUCGCGUCGCGAGUUGCUCGCCGGCCGCCUCUCGCCGGCCGUCUGGCAGCAGCAGCAGCAGCAACAGCAACAGCGGCAGCGGCGGCAAUGGCGGCGACGGCUUCACGAGGGGCUGCCGGAUCGGCCGCAGUCCGUCGACCUGGCGGCACUGCGCUCCGGUGGCCCCGGCGGCGGCGACGACGGUGGCGGCACCGUUGGAGGAGGAGGAGGAAGAGGAGGAGGCAUCGUGAGCGCGACCGUGAGCGCGUGCGACGAGCACGAGCUGGAGCACCACAGCAUGUUCUGCGUGACGUGCGCCCGCCCCGUGUGCUACCAGUGCCUGGAGGAGGGCAGCCACUCGCGGCACACCGUGCGGGCCCUCGGGGCCAUGUGGCUUCAGCACAAGAGUCAGCUAUCGCUCGCGCUGGCCGGCUUGGCGGACAGGGCCACGCAAGCCCACGCCUUCGUCCAGGGCCUCAAGGACGUGCUGCAGAGUGUGCAGGAGAACAGCGUGGAGCUGGAGGCUUGCCUGGUGGCGCAAGUGGACGCGCUGAUGGACGCGCUGCAACACCGCAAGACACAGCUGCUGGCGCGGGUGGCACAGGAGAGGGACCACCAGCUUCAGGCGGUGCACGACGAGGUGGUGCGCUACGACGCGAGGCUCCACAAGACCGUGGGGCUGCUCGAGUUCUGCCGGGAGGUGAUGCACGAGGCCGACCCCAGCGGCUUCUUGCAGAUCUCGGAGGGGCUGAUCGUGCGCGUGGCGUCGAGCGGCGACGAGUGGGCCCGCGUCUGCGAGCAGUCGCGGCCGCCGGCCGAGCUCGGCCUGGACCUCGACAUGGAGCCCCUGCACGCGGCCAUCCACCAGCUCGACUUCGUGCAGAUGAAAGCGCCGCCGGCCCCCGCGCUGGAGCUGUCCUCCGAGUGCUGCACGGAGGGCAACGCCGCGACACUGUGCUGGGCGCCGGCGCCGCGCACGCCCGUCCGCGUCGACGGCUUCAUCCUGGAGCUCGACGACGGCAGCGGAGGGGCCUUCCGGGAGGUGUACGAGGGCACGGAGGUCAUGUGCACGCUCGAUGGGCUGCACUUCAGCAGCACGUACCGCGCGCGUGUCAAGGCCUACAACCACGCGGGCGUCGGGCCCUACAGCAAGACCGUGCUGCUGCAGACUUCGCCCGGUGAGCCGGCGGUGAAACUAUUGUAA